AAGCAAUGGGAACCAGCCUGUCAGCCAGCCUUUCAGGCUAAUUAGUUCAGAAUACAACAAAGAUAAGUAAGCCUGAGAGGAGGGCCCUGAGGGUCUUUAGAUUCUGGGAAAUGUCUGAUUGGCAGAUGUUAAAAGGGAUUCUUUGGUAAUCCAGUGCAUCAAUGAACUGCACAAAUUCAGUCCAGAGCUGCAAGAAUUCAGGCAUGAGGACACUGUGCAGGAGGCUUGCACAGGCAGACUCGAGAUGGACAGAACCUUGGAAUCUCUAAGGCACAUCAUUGCCCAAACCUUGCCUCACAGAGACCCGGCUUUGGUCUUCAAAGACUUGAAUGUUGUGUCAAUAUUACAGGAAUUUUGGGAAAGUAAGCAGCAGCAGAGAGCCACGUUUUCCAGUGAAGGCCUGGUGGUCUAUGAGUCAAUGCCCUCCUCCGGACCUCCCUUUGUGAGCUACGUGACUCUCCCUGGAGGGAGUUGCUUUGGCAACUUUCAGUGCUGCUUAAGUAGAGCAGAGGCCAGGCGGGAUGCAGCUAAAGUGGCGCUCAUCAACUCUCUCUUCAACGAGCUGCCCUCCCGAAGGAUCACCAAAGAGUUCAUCAUGGAGAGUGUUCAGGAAGCAGUAGCCUCCACCAGUGGCACUUUAGAUGAUGCGGAUGAUCCCAGCACAAGUGUCGGAGCCUAUCACUACAUGUUGGAAUCAAACAUGGGGAAGACUAUGCUGGAGUUUCAGGAACUGAUGACCAUUUUCCAACUAUUGCAUUGGAAUGGAAGCCUGAAAGCCCUCCGUGAAACAAAGUGCUCUCGACAGGAAGUUAUCUCCUAUUAUUCCCAAUAUUCUUUAGACGAAAAGAUGCGCAGCCACAUGGCCCUGGACUGGAUCAUGAAGGAGCGUGAGUCACCAGGAAUUCUCUCUCAAGAGUUACGUGCAGCCCUGGGGCAGCUGGAGGAAGCAAGGAAGGCAGGACAAGAACUACGGUUUUACAAAGAAAAGAAAGAAAUCCUGAGUUUGGCCCUGACUCAGAUCUAUAGUGACCCUGACCCUUCCUCACCCAGUGAUGACCAGCUGAGCCUCACGGCUCUGUGUGGCUAUCAUUAGCAAGACCAGGUCUCAGGUUUCCUGAGGACUUUCGCAUCAGGAAUCUCAUUGACAGAGGUUGUCAGAGACUUUAGCAUGAUAGUCACUACCUGACGGAUGUACUGCUCCCUACUCAUUCUGUUCACAGAAUGGGGAAGUAGGACUGGUCCAGACCCCAACUUCCUACUUCAUGUUUGUUUUCAACCAUGCCCUUAGUGGUUCUACUUCAGAAUGAAAGAAUGACAAUAGAACUGUUUGGAAAGUAUUAUUCAGGGUUUGAUCCAAUCUAAAGCCUAGUUGACAUGUGCCUUGUUUCACACAGAGGUCCAGUACAGAAGCCUCCAAGAAAACAGCAUCAGGACUAGGGAAGGCAGCAUGCUAACAUGUAUCCCUGGCUGUCCUGGAACUCACUCUGUAGACCAGGCUGGCCUUGGACUUAGAGAUCUGCCUGCCUCUUCCUCCUGAGUGCUUUAAAGACAUGUGCCACCACCAUCUAGCUGAUAACAACUUUUAAAAUACAUAAGAUUAAAUAAAUAGUACAGAUUAUUUGAGAAAAUGUACAACAGUCAGCAUAUUCUUGAGCACUUCUGAAAAUUAUUAUGUUCUCAUCAUUGUAAAAUUAAUUUUAGUAACAAAAUUAUCACAUAUCACAUUUCUCAGACAAGAAGAAAUUAUGCUACAUAACUGAUCUAUUCCAAUAUCCUAAGAAGGUAAUUGCGUGUAAUGAUAGAUAAAAAUGUUGUUUUAACAAAAAUCACAUCACUGCCCAUAAUGAGGCUAAAUGUCAUCUAGAAGAGAAGGAAUUGGAAUUUUUAUUUGUUUGUUUGUUGAAUAAAUUUUUAAGUAAAAGAAAAUUUCUAUUUAAUUUUUUUUCUUAACAAAAUCUUUAGCAUUCACAUCCAGCACAUUUCUACAUGUUGGCUGUGAUCUUUAUAUGUGGUACAUCUUUUUAGUAGUUGCAGCCUUUGGCAAUGUCCACCUCAAAAAGAUGGCAUCUGAUUACAUACAAGAAGAGGGCUUGGGUGGGUCAACACCAAACUCACAUUCUGUUUUAUGAUUAUAACACUGUACAAAUUCUGUGAACUGAAAACGAUGGAAACUGAUCUUUUUCUUGGAAUAGUACCAGGAGCUUCAGCAAAAGUAACAAAGGUCAUAGCCGUGGCUGGCCCCAUCUAAGAGCAAAUCCACUUCAGCUAAGACACUGUGCUGACAGAGCAUCACAGACACGUCUGUGACACUGGUACAGAGAAGCAUAGGUGAGGGACAAAGCAGACACUGCCUGUCUUGUUCUCAGUACCGCACUGUGGAAAGGGACUAAAGGAGCCUCUAAGGAGGUGAAGCCCAGAAGCUGGUUGUUAUUAUGAACUCCUUGAAAAUCAGAUAAAAAGCCACAGACUAGCUCAUAGCAAAAUAUAACAAUUUCAGAAAAUGUAUGGACCCCACCCUGAAAUUCAUGGAUUGUCCCAGAGGAUCUCUGGCCCUUAGUUUGGAACUCACAAUUUUAGAAGCACACAUAGUCUUAAAUUUCACAUCAGAGACCCAGUGUAUCUCAGAUCUAGCCCAUAGACCCUACUUCUAAGAUAACGACCAUGAUUCUAAAAUAAAGAAUUGUAUUGUUUGGGCAAAGAUAAUUUAAUUUUUACAAAAUCAAAAUAUACCAUGUUAUGAAAAUACAAGACAAAGUAGUUACUAAAUGUGGGCAACUGUAUCAGGAUAUUACAGAUUUAAUAAAAUCACUAUCCCUCUAA